GGGUUAGAGCGGGAAGGACGGGAGGGAGCAGCAGGGAAGUGACUAGUGCCAGGGCAGGCAUACGGGGAGAGUCCAAAAGUUACCCGUAACAAACUCCUGAAGGACUGCUAAAUUCUUGGUCGAGUUGGUGCUAUUACUGCGAAUUAAACGUGUACGAGGUGAAAGGUUGCUGUAACACGUCGUGUUCGGCUGUUUGUUCGCUGUUUUUCUCCAGUUAGUUAGCUACAUUUCGGCUGCACGAAACUGACGCGGAGUUAAAGCAGAAGUUUGCGCCUGUCCGCGGGCUUCAGCUCUGCAGGAAUGUCGCAGAAAGAAAGACCCACGUUUUAUCGACAGGAAGUGAAUAAGACCGUCUGGGAGGUCCCCCUGCGCUAUCAGAACCUCUCUCCGGUCGGCUCGGGUGCAUACGGAUCUGUGUGCUCAGCACUUGAUGUGAAUUCAGGUUUGAAGGUUGCUGUGAAAAAGCUCUCAAGGCCUUUCCAGUCCAUUAUCCAUGCCAAAAGAACCUACAGAGAAUUGCGGCUUCUCAAGCACAUGAAACACGAGAACGUAAUAGGCUUGCUGGACGUUUUCACACCUUCCACCAGUCUGGAGGAUUUCAAUGAUGUGUACCUGGUGACUCACCUGAUGGGUGCAGACUUAAAUAAUAUAGUGAAAUGUCAGAAGCUGACAGAUGACCAUGUGCAGUUCCUAAUCUACCAGAUCCUUCGAGGACUCAAGUACAUCCAUUCAGCAGACAUCAUUCACAGAGACCUAAAGCCCAGUAAUUUGGCUGUGAAUGAAGAUUGUGAACUUAAGAUCCUUGAUUUUGGCCUGGCACGGCAUACGGAUGAGGAAAUGACAGGAUAUGUGGCCACCAGGUGGUACCGUGCUCCGGAAAUCAUGCUUAACUGGAUGCACUACAACAUGACAGUGGAUAUUUGGUCUGUUGGCUGCAUUAUGGCUGAGCUGCUGACUGGGAGAACGCUGUUCCCUGGCACCGACCAUAUAAACCAGCUACAGCAGAUAAUGCGGCUCACAGGAACUCCCCCUGCCUCUCUAAUAAGCAGGAUGCCUAGCCAUGAGGCCAGGAAUUACAUUAAUUCCUUGCCACAGAUGCCUAAAAGGAAUUUCGCUGAUGUGUUCAUUGGGGCCAAUCCACUGGCUGUGGACCUCCUUGAGAAGAUGCUGGUUUUGGAUACAGACAAGCGAAUAACUGCAGCUGAAUCUCUGGCUCAUCCAUACUUUUCCCAGUACCAUGACCCAGAUGAUGAACCAGAAGCAGAGCCAUAUGACCAGAGCUUUGAGAGUCGAGAACUGGAGAUUGAAGAGUGGAAACGUUUGACCUAUGAGGGUGUCCUCAAUUUUGAGCCACUUGCCUUUGAUUUGGAUGAAAUGGAAUCAUGAGAACCGUUCAGGACGUGAAUGUCAGCAGUCUAAUAAAACUAUCUCUGUUAGCACUGUAAUGUUUUGCAGUUCUCUAACCAGACCGACAGUAUGAUUAAGUGCCUGCCACUUUAUUUUCUUUGUUCUAUUCUUUUCAAAAAUGUUUGUAUAUAAAAAGUGGCAUCUACUGAAUUAGGGAGCAAAACACAUUAAGGCAUUUCAUAAGAUUUAAGUGGAACCUCCAGUAGAGUUUAGUAACAUUUUUGCUGACCCCCUGCCGUGUUUCCAUUUAUUUGUCAGGCAUUUUAAACAUUUUAAAGCUCACAUGCAUGCAUCAAACUAUCUCACCUGGCAACAUGUUCAUUAUGCUAUGUCCCGCUGUAAUUUUUUUGAUUGAGCAUUACAAAACCCAUUUUCCCAAUUUUAGAUCGUAUUUGUAAGCUAAAAUUUCAUCCAAAAUGCAAGAAAACUUUUGUUGCUGUUAUGACCAAAAUCUGCUUGAUUACUUUUUUCGAUGAAAUAGUGUUUUUUGUUUUUUUCCCCCCCUAUUUAUUGUGUUCUUACCUAAAUAAAAAACAAUACUCCUGCCACUAAUGUCUUAUUUGACAUUUACUUAAUAACUUCUCUUUCUGAGAAUAAAACUAGCUGGCUAGACCCCUGACUGUAGGUUUUAAAUAAAUGUUUUCAUUUUUUUGCUAUCAAAUAUUUGCAAUUUAUUCUCUGCUAGAAGGUAUAUGAUUUAGAACAAGGUACUGAGGCACAUGUAGCUACACUCAUGCUUUGUUGAACAGUUCAUUGCAUGUGCAUUAACUUAUGCACACUUAAGCUUUGCUAGAGACAUUUGGAAAUCCAGGGGAGAUCCCUGUAUAAUUCCCCAAAAUAUUUUAUCAUGUGCCAUUUAGUUUAACUUGGAAAACCUCAAUGAUUCUGCCAUUCUUUUCGAAGACUUUGUUGGCACCAUUGACAAGGUUAUUCCUUGUAAUCUUUUUCGUCUUCUGUAUUUUUAUGGCGUGUUCACCCUUCCGAGCUGUCACUGUGUGCAAGACUGUACGAGAGAUAGAAAGAAUGUGGGUGCAUGAUGUGAAUGUUUUUUCCUUUUGUGUUUUUCAGCUGUCAUUUAUAAAAUUAUGAAAUGUAUGUCAAUAUUGUACCAGUGUGAGAUAUUUAUAUAUGGCAGAGGUGAUAUUAACUGGAGUGGCUGCUUCUGUCUGCUUUAUUUCCUACAUCAGGCUGUAGAGAAUGUAAUCAAAUGAGCAUUGUUUAUUAAAGACAAUAAAAGCAGAUAUUUUUCAGA